ACAAGUCCACCACAUAUGAUAGAAGGUGCCCGUUUUUUAAUUACAUGUCUGCUGAGAUUGACAAGGCCACGUUCUCUGGGAAUUCUUAGCCGUACCGACAUGGGGGUAAAGAGGGUCCCCCCACCAAGUUCAUCCUGGAAUAAAGACACUCCUUCUGGUUUUUCUUUCUCCUUACAGGGUUCACCACGUAUAUGCGCAGCCCCGCCGGGGACAUUUUCAACCCCAAACAUUACCACGUCAACCAAGACAUGACUCGCCCUCUGAGCCACUAUUUCAUCGCCUCGUCUCAUAACACCUACCUCAUGGGAGACCAGCUGAUGUCCCAGUCCAGAGUGGACAUGUACGCUUGGGUUCUGCAAUCCGGAUGCCGAUGUGUGGAGGUUGACUGCUGGGACGGUCCAGACGGCGAACCUAUUGUCCACCACGGCUACACCCUGACCUCCAAGAUCCUCUUCAAAGAUGUGAUCGAGACCAUCAACAAAUACGCCUUCAUCAAAAGCGAAUACCCCGUCAUUUUGUCCAUCGAAAACCACUGCAGUGUUGCCCAGCAGAAGAAGAUGGCCCAGUACCUGGUUGAAAUUUUGGGGGACAAGCUGGAUUUGUCAACAGUCAACAAUAAGGAUCCCAACGAGCUGCCUUCCCCGGAGAGUCUCAAGGGGAAAAUCUUGGUUAAGGGGAAAAAGCUUCCAGCCAACAUCAGUGAAGACGCCGAAGAAGGCGAAGUGUCCGACGAGGACAGUGCCGAUGAGAUGGACGAUGACUGCAAGCUAAUGAACGGGGACGCUUCUUCUAAUCGGAAACGGGUGGAAAACCUCGCCAAGAAAAAACUGGACUCUCUGAUCAAGGAAUCUAAAAUCCGGGACUGCGAAGACCAAAAUAAUUUUGCCGUCACCACCUUGUCGUCCUCAGGGAAAUUGGGGAACAAGCCUGAUCUUAAGAAGAACAAGCACGAGGAAAACCUGGAAUCCGGUGAAGACGCCAUCCUCAGCAAACGUCACAACCGAUCCCUGAUGGGAAGCUUAACCAAACGCAAGAAAAAAUCCAGCAAACUCAAAAGGACCCCGAGUUUGGAAGAUGGAGAAGACGACUUUGAAUGCCAAGGAAACCUAACUAGAACCUCUGUCCAUUAUAGCAAAACAAAUCGGCAAAAGAAAACGAUGAAACUCUCCCGGGCUCUCUCGGAUCUGGUGAAAUACACUAGAUCCGUCGGAAUCCACGACGUGGAAUCGGAAAUUUCUUCCAGCUGGCAAGUCUCCUCCUUCAGCGAAACGAAAGCUCACCAAAUCCUCCAGCAAAAACCAGCCCAGUAUCUCCGCUUCAACCAGCACCAGCUCUCCCGGAUCUACCCUUCUUCCUACCGGGUGGAUUCCAGCAAUUACAACCCUCAGCCUUUCUGGAACGCCGGCUGCCAGUUGGUGGCGCUGAACUACCAAUCGGAAGGGAGGAUGCUGCAGCUCAACCGUGCCAAGUUCAGCGCCAACGGGAAUUGCGGCUACAUCCUCAAACCCAAGUGCAUGUGUCAAGGGAUCUUCAACCCCAAUUCCGAAGAUCCGCUGGCCGGCCAGAUGAAAAAGCAACUCGUCUUAAGGAUCAUCAGUGGACAGCAGCUCCCGAAACCUCGCGAUUCGAUGCUUGGAGACCGAGGCGAGAUCAUAGAUCCGUUCGUGGAAGUCGAGGUGAUCGGAUUGCCCAUGGAUUGUUGCAAAGAGCAGACCAGAGUUGUGGACGACAACGGUUUCAAUCCGAUGUGGGAAGAAACCUUGGUUUUCAACAUUGGCAUGCCAGAGAUUGCCCUGGUGCGUUUCCUGGUCUGGGACCACGAUCCCAUCGGGAGGGAUUUUAUCGGCCAGAGGACGAUCGCCUUUACAUCCAUGCUGCCAGGCUAUCGACAUGUAUACCUAGAAGGUAUGGAGGAAGCUUCCGUCUUCGUUCACAUAUCCGUCAACGACGUUUGUGGUAAGGUCAAACCAGCGCUGGGCAUAAAAAGUCUCUUUCUCAGAAAUCCAAAACAGGCCUCUCUCGACAGCCAUGUUGCUGGUCAGCUCAACCGCAAACAUUCCUUUAGCAGCCAGCUUUUACGGCGGACGGCCAGCGCGCCCACCAAGAGCUUAAAAAAGCCCAAGAUCGCCCUGGAUGCCCGAGACAAGAACUCGGAAGGAGCCAGCAAGGACCCCCUUCUGGAAGACACCUCCCACCCUCGCUUUGACCAAGAAUCCGACCUCCCGUCCCCGGCGGCGUCUCCUUCCCGAGAAGGUGUCAGCCGCACGGAAGUGGACCCUAAAGGAUCCAAAGAUGUCCACCAAUUCUCCAUGCACCGGUCGGCCCCUUCCUUAUGCAGUCUGCAGACCAUCCACGAAGAGCCCUUCGUCGCCAACGAGAACCAGCCUUCCCGCAGUUCCUGCUUCCUUCUGCCCGCCUGCCCCGCCAGCGACCCCAAAGAAGACUCCGUGCCUCGUCUUUUCCAGGAAGCCGUUCCAGAUGGACGCAACCGCCACCCUGGGCAUCUCGAGAGAACUUCUCGUUGGCAGCACCACGCGGGUUCGGAGAAGAUGCUUCUUGCUCCCAGCGUCUCGGAAGAGGAAGAAGGGAUGGGAAGCACCAAAAAAGGAGAAGGGUGGACAAGAGCUCCUUGCCACGGAGGUCUUCCCCAUUCUCAAGGGCAGCAAAACCACACGUCGGACAAUUGUGGGCUCCCCCUGGCUGGAAAUAGCCAGAAGAAGACAGACGGGUUGGUUCAACAGAUGACAAGCGAUGAGAAGAACAGAGUUGGACCACCAAACCAAUGCGAAAGGGACAACAGCAGCACCACGCCGACUCCACUCCACGCAACUCCCAAAGGAACCGUCGCAGUCCCCGUGCCACCGAACGUUGUGAGGAGACCGAAGGAUGAAGGAUACCAACGGUGUGACCACGGAGUCUCUCCGAAGCAUCCUGACAACUGUUCUCCUGCGCCGGAGGUUUAUUGGGACGCCACGGUCCACGACCGGAUCUGGAGCAAGCUUGAUUUCAGCACCCACAGAGACAGCAUGUCCUCUUCUUCCAGCAUGUCUUCCAACGAUACCGUCAUAGACCUCUCCUUGCCCAACCUUGCCCGGAAGAGCCUCCCCGACCUUGGUGCUCAUAAGACCUCGGAUGUCGUCGUCCCCCAGAGAAGAAUUGUCAGGCCCUGGUCCGCGAACGCUGCCUCUGGACGCGAAGUCCCCACGGUGACCAAGAGCAAAUCCAACCCCAACUUGAGGUUGGAUCAACCCGUGGAAGACGACUUGCGCCCGAGACCGCUCGGCUUCUCCUCGGUCUCCAGGAGGCACACCUGGAACCGCUUGUACGUGGAGAGCCUCAAGCGGCCGUGCCUCAAGUCCGAAGAGCAGAAGAACCUCGAUCCCAACCCCGUGAAGUCCAAAAGCCUUGGAGACCUCACCUCGGACGACAUCACGUCCACUUCGGAGAGCAAGUACCGGAGCAUCCGCCGAAGUUUCGCCACCCGUUCGGCGAGGGGGGUCCAGCACCAUCGCGGGGCCUUCAAGACUUCGGGAAGAUGUCCGGACGGGUUGACCGAGCGCCUGAAGAAACUCACCUUCUUCCAGCAGGAGAACGACAUCACUUCCCCCACUUGUCUGGACCCUCCCAAGGCUGAAGAGGAAAAAGAGGAAGAAGAAGAAGAAGAAGAAGAAGAGGAAGAGACCAUCCUGCUCCGAAGGUCUUCUUCUCGGAGUCAAAGCAGGGUGAGGUACAUCGCCAACCGAGCCAGGCAAGCUCAAGAAAGGCAGAAGCUCAAAAGUUUGGCCUUGAACAAGGGGAGUCCCAUCGAAGAGCGGGGCAUCCCCGAAGGAGCCUGCUGUUUCCCGGGGGGCCGUUACUCGGACCCGGCUUCCCCUGGCUUGUUUACAUCCCAACUCAAGAACCCGACGGGCUCGGACCCCGACACCGACGUCGUCUUUACCUUCAAACUCUGACGGUGGGAAGGGCUGAACCAGAAUCGAUGUUUACAUUGCUGUCGGAGCAAAACCCAACAGUCCCCCUUUCCCUGGUUUUCUUUAAAAUUUAUAUAUGCCUAGUGCAGAAAACCCUCGUUCAAUGAGGGAGGACACUCCUCCUCCUCCUCCUCCUCUCCAUAAACCCCACUACCUUCUAGUACUGAUGAUGUUACCUAGUUGGGUAAUGGAACAUCUGAAAGAAAAUCACCAAGCUCAGAGAGUACCAAGGACUCCACAUUCUUCCUCCUCCUCCUCCUCUUCCUCCUCCUUCGUCGUCCUCCUCUUCCUCCCCCUCUUCCUCCUCCUUCCUCCUCCUUCACCAUCCUCCUCUUCCUCCUCCACCUUCCUCCUCCUUUCUCCUUUCUCCUCCUCCUCCUCCUUCCUCCUUCUCCUCAUUCCUCCUCCUCCUCUUCCUCUUCCACCAACUUCUGGUGGCAGGCCGUUCCACUGGUUAAUUGCCUUCACCGCUAGGAAGUUCCCCCUUAGUUCUAAGUUGCUUCUCUCCUUGAUUAGUUUCCAUCCGUUGCUGCUUCUCCUGCCCUCAGGGGCUUUGGAGAAUAGCUUGACUCCCUCUUCUUUGGGGCAGCCCCUGAGAUAUUGGAAGACUGCUAUCGUGUCUCCCCUGGUCCUUCUUUUCAUCAGACUAGACCUACCCAAUUCCAGCAACCGUCUUUGUGGCUCUUCUCUGCCCUCUUUCUAGAGUCUCCACAUCUUUUCAGAUAUUUCAUCUUAACAAUUUGGAUGGGUCAAGUUGGAUUCUUCCAGUAAUCUGGAGUUCCUAAGAACAACCAAAGAGGUUAUUGGUAAUAUUCCUUCUGGAAUAAUGCAAAUUUACCGAGCUGGAUCAUAAGAUCUGCCUUGGGCAAGGGGUUAGACUAGAAGUCCUCCAAGGCCCCAAUUCUAGUCCAGUGAUUCUCCCUCCCUUCCCUUCUACCAUCUGCACUGUCACUUCCGUUUCAUUUUUUUAGGAGAAACAAAUCUAGGUAAUCAGUUACCUAGUGGGACAGCCAGGAACAGCGGAAAGCAGCUAGGGAAUAGGGGACAAAUUUCUCUCUUUUAGAAACCAAAGUUUCUUUCCCCCACCAUUUUCAGAUUAUUAUUAUUAUUAAAAAAAAAAAAAAACAAGUUUGCACAAAAAUUUGCAUGCGUUCCUGUGUGCGUUUCUAUAAAUGGAUGCAUUUUGGUACUCCGUUUUUUCCUAAGAUAAACCGUUGUUGCUUUGAUGUUUGCGAGUCGAACGUCUCCUUCGAAAGUUUGACUAAGGGGUGGGUGAAGGUUGAGGCAGCAAGAAUAACCAGUGAGAUUCUUCGUUCUUAGUUCAUAAUCACCAAAGAUGGUUCCCCCCACCCCACCCCCGGAAAUACCUUUCUGGAUGUUUAUUGCUUGUCUAUUUUGCACUUAUAUUUUUUUAAAUAAAAUCAAUGCUUUAAAAGAACAUUAGAAACCGAUGAACUCUGCUCGGAGUUAAACCGGAGAUUAAACUCCUCCUUCAACCUAUUUGCUUGACUCCCCCUUGCCUAAUUAAUGUAUUAUAAUUAAUCCCAAUUUUUUCCCCCCCAAAAUAAGAUUUAAAAAAUCAAGAGAUUAUAUUAAGAGAUCGUAUAAAUUGAAUUUUAUUUUUUAGCUCUUGUUAACGUGUGGUUGGAGAGUACGAAAUAGGCCGAGGGAUGGAUUUUAUUUGUCGUCGUUUAGUUGGUUUCUUCUUUCUAAACUGCAAAUAAUUUAAAAUCUAUUUGUAAAACCACUUGACGCAACUCCAAAAAAUAAAGAUUAUUUAACCUA